GAAACAGGGAGUACCAGAGAAUCAGAGUUUUGCCUUCAACUCAGAACAGAGAUCAUGAGAAAGCUUUAGCUUGACUUUUCCAUUCUGACAACAGAGCUUGUGGUUUGGUGCUACCAAGUGGCCGUAGCUGGGGCAUUCUGCACUGACCUCAGGAGAACGAAGAGGCAUGUUGAGCUGGUCAGUACUUCACCAUCCCAGUGCCAGGCUUAGAGAGCUCUCUUGACUGACUGGUUUGAUUUAGGGCUUGUUUUGGGGUUUUGGGAGUAGUCUACGCAGCUAUACCUCUUCUUUUUUUCCAGUGGCCUAGGGAUCCUACUUUUACCACCUAGUGAAAUGAAACAAAUACAUCGUCAAUGAGAGAAUCAUGACAAUAAGCUACGAGGAACUCAAAGAGAACCAGGUACAGGGGAUGAAAAAGGUUGCUGUCUUCUUUGGCUUCUCCCUCUGUGAGGAAGAUUUUUCCAUAAUUACCAAGAAAACCAGUUUCAAAGCUAUGAAAGAGAAAUCCAAUGAAACCCAUGGAAAGUUUGGGGAUGUCCUCUUCAGGAAGGGAGUUGUUGGGAGCUGGAAAGAUCUCAGCUCUAAGGCUCAGAAUGAAGAAAUGUAUUGGAAAUUUAAAGAUACUCUAGGAGGAACAAAGAUGGCAGCGAAGAUAAAAUAUGAUGUGUACUGCAAGGCCUGAAAAUAAGCAGAUGAGGAGCAUGACAGCAAGUCAUGUUCCAGAGAUGUUUCUCCAGAAUUGGAUAGUCCCCAUUUUUCCUUUCCAUGAGAGAACAGAAAACCCCCUUUAAGGACUACCUGAUGUCUCCAAGAAUUUGAGUGGUAAUUCUUAGGUGGGUCCUGGGUCUAGGGCAUGUGCUUUGCUUGAUGUAACCAAAUAAAAUGUGUGUAUACCUCAA